ACAUUCAAAAAGUUCGUGCCUUAGUGUCGUUUUGCUAACCUUUGGUAUUGGGUCGUGCAUUGUAUAUUGUGUAUUGUAUUAUAGCCUACCAAUGCGAGAUGCGGCCGCCGUUACUGGUCUUCUGCCUCGCUUCGUUGCCCUUCUGUUUGGCCGCCGAUGUCCCUGGCUGUCAACACGACUCCUGCACGACAUGCAUUCGCCAUCCGACUUGCGUUUGGUGCUACGAGCCGAACAACCGAACCGCCCGGCCGCGCUGCAGGAGCAGGGAACGCGCUGACUUCCCUGCCGUGUGUCAUGGUGAGAAGAGCGACCCGCAAAAUGCCUACGGCGUGGUCAGGGAUGAGCCUCUGUCUGCCGAUGGCGACGUCGAGAACAUUCUACAGAUGAGUCCGCAAGAGGUUAACCUGACAGUCAGAAUCAAGGAAACCUUCAACAUAUCCCUGACGUACAAACACAUGGCGAAUUACCCAGCUGAUAUCUACUACAUGAUGGAUGGAUCUAAGUCAAUGGCAGACGAUAAGGACAUGUUGCAUUCGGUCGGGAAAGAGCUGGCAGAAGGAAUGAAGAAGAUUACCAGUAACUUGCAACUUGGCUUUGGUAUCUUCGUCGACAAGCCAGUGCUGCCUUACGUUUCCACUAUGUCGAAAAACGAAGCAGCCUACAGUUUCAAGAAUGUUCUUCCACUCACCAGCAAUACCUCAGCUUUCACAGAAGAGGUCAAGCGAGCGGAGGGCGCCACCAACCAGGACUUCCCUGAGGGCGGAUUCGAUGGCCUCAUGCAAGCCAUAGUGUGUGAAAAGGACAUCAAGUGGCGCAAUGCCAGUGUCCGGGUGAUCUUUUUCUCCACAGACGCUGGGUUCCACUUCGCGGGGACGGGAAGGGAAUUGACCCUUAAAGCAUUAUUAAAAGAUAUGGUAUUGCCAAUCUUCCACCUUUUGAUAUCAGCCCUCUUCGAAAAAUCCUUCUCAGCUUUGGCUGGUAUUGUAACACCCAACGACGAGCGCUGCCACCUCGACGGCAACGAGCUCAGAAAAGCCCACCUCUACGACUUCCCUUCGGUCGCCCAGAUCAACAAGAUGGCGAAACUCCACAGAAUCAACCUGGUCUUCGCCAUCACAGCCGAACAGGAGCCGCUCUACGCCCGCCUGUCACAGCACAUAGAGGGCGCGACUUCUGGCGUGCUGGCCAGCGACUCGUCUAAUGUGGUCGACCUCCUCACCAGCAGUCUUAAGGACAUCAUAAGCAAGGUGGAACUGACACAGCGAGACCACAACAGCCACGUGUCAGUGCGUUUCUUCAGCGAGUGCAAGGACGGGGAGAUGAAGGAGCGAUCCUCUUGCCAGGGACUCGAUGUCGGGGACGAGGUCCAGUUCGAGGUGGAGGUCACGGCCCUCAAAUGCCCAGACAACGAGAAAGAUUGGAAUCCUGUCGUCGAAGUGUACCCUGUGGGCCGUCAGGGGUCUCUGCAAAUCAACCUGGAAUGCACUGCCAGUGCAGCUGUGCUAAGCCAGGUGAUAAGGGCUACAUUGUAAACGCGGAGGCAUGCAGUAGGAACGGCACCUCCAUGUGCGGUGUAUGUGAGUGCCACGAAGGCUUCGUCGGAAGGCAUGCGAGUGCUACAGCAACGAUGACGACGGCACUGGCACCAUCAGCGAGGACU